CUGGCUUCAAGUCACAUGCGUCGGAAAUCGAGGUUUCGCGGCAAGAUGUAGGGGCAAAUCCCAGCGACAAACGCUGUUGGACGCCAUGGCGAUAAUGCUGUGUUGCAUUAUCAGCCUUCAACAGCUAGUGAAUGCGUGACACAAGUCAUCCGAAACCUGUUAUGCAAAAAAUGGCGCCAACCUUCGAGGACUUCAUCCAAUCACAUCAAUUUACCUUCUUCGUCGGCCAGGAGGGAAAGUCCAUCGUGGUGCAUGCAGCUGCGAUUGCUGCUACCAGUCAGCAACUAGAUGCACUUAUUAAUGGUGGAAUGGGGGAAUCUGAAACGCGAUGUGCGAGGAUCGAAGAUGUUAAGGUCGACGAUUUCAUCCGCUUCUGCGAAUACGCUUACCGCGGAGACUAUACAGUACCUCGGUGGGAAGAACUCCCGCUGGAACCGAGCUCUACGUCCGGCAAGAACCAGCAGAACGAGGACGAUGAUGAUUGGGGUUGGGCUCCAUUGUCCAAGGGCAAGAAGGCCAAGAAGGCCAAGAAGGGGCGGGUGGCUGUUACCGAACUAGAACGUGUUCUAGAACCAGAACCUCCUCCCAUGGCGAUGGAUUACCCCCAACAAAGUCGGGUAUACGAUGUACCUGAGCUUAGGGAGGCUCCUGAGCCUCAAUAUGAAAUAAGGCGCAUCUCGAGGACCCAGUUACGGACUCAAUUCGACAGCCGAAACUACCUAAACGACGGCGGCCCCAAAGCUCUGAUCCUGCAGCAUUUCGAACCCAAAUCUAACAGUGCCGUGGACUAAAACUUCACGCCAGUCCUCCUCGCCCAUGCACGGCUCUACUGUUUUGCGCAUCUACGUCUAAUAGCGCCACUCAAAGCGCUAACCCUCCACAAGCUGCACAAGACACUUAUGGGCUUCAAGUUGUACACAAAGCGUGUUGGAGACAUCAUUGAGCUCGCAAGAUAUGCGUACUCGAACCCAGAUCUGCCAGAUAGAAGCGACG